CACACCAUUCCUAAAUAAGCACAAUAUGGAGAUGAUAUUAAUCUCUUUGUGCUUAACCACCUUAUUAGCAUUUCUCUUCCUAAAACCACUCCUCAAACGAAUCACCACCACCAAACCUAAGUUACCACCGUCUCCAUGGCGGCUUCCGGUGAUUGGAAACCUCCACCAGCUCGGUCCCAACCCUCACCGCUAUCUCCAUUCCCUCAGCCUCCGGUAUGGGCCACUCAUGCUCCUUCAUUUCGGCCGUGUACCUGUGCUUGUGGUUUCUUGUCCUGACGUGACUAAUGACAUCAUGAAAACACACGACCUUAAGUUCGCAAACCGCCCGAAAUCAAAAGCUAUUAAUAUAUUUAUGGAAGGUGGCCGUGAUAUAAUCUUUGGCCCCUACGGAGAAGAUUGGAAGAGUAUGAAGAGUCUGGGUGUGGUACAUCUGCUCAAUAACAAAAUGGUUAGGUCCUUUGAGAACCUAAGAGAAGAAGAGAUCAAAGUAAUGACAGAGAAGCUGGAAGAAGCAUCUUCAUCUUCUUCAUCAGUAAAUCUAAGCAAACUCCUUAUGACUCUUACCAACGAUAUCAUAUGCAGAAUCACCUUGGGAAGAAAAUAUAACGAAGAGGAAGGUGGAAUCGAUAUCAAGAACUUAGUGAUGACAUCCUCUGAGUUUUUUGGCAAAUUCUUUUUUGGAGAUUUUAUUCCUAGUUUGGCAUGGAUAGACUGGAUCAGUGGCAUAGAUGAUAAAAUGAAGGACAUAAAUAACAAGUUAGAUUGUUUUUUAGACAGCAUGGUGCAAGAACAUGUUGAUGCCGAUCACAAAGAGCCAUCAGAUUUUAUUGAUAUGUUGCUACUGAUUCAAAAGGAUAAAACCAAACGGUUUAAGUUUGACAGAAGUGACUUAAUACUCAUACUCAAGGAUAUGUUUUUCUCUGGAACAGCAACAACUGCCUCACAAUUAGAAUGGACAAUGACAGAGCUUAUGAGACAUCCAGAGUGUAUGAAAAAACUUCAAGAUGAGAUUAAUUCAUUUUCGACACAUAAUUUGAAUGUAACGGAGAAAGAAGUUGAGAAAAUGAACUAUUUACAUUGCGUGAUUAAGGAGGGGCUACGGUUGCAUCCCUCUGGUCCACUAUUGUUCAGACUACCAAGUGAAGAUGUCCAAUUAAAGGGAUAUGACAUUUCUGCAGGGACACAUGUAAACGUUUUUUUUUUCUUUCUUUUUUAAAAUUCUUAUAAGAGUAAACCUAAAUGUAAAAAUGUGCUCGACUUGGAACACAGGUCAUAAUCAAUGCUUGGGCACUCCAACGAAACCCUGCGAUAUGGGGGCUUGAUGCCAAUGAAUAUAGACCGGAGAGACAUUUUGGUACGAAUUUGGAUUUCAACGUACUGAUUCCAAAUUCGUUCCAUUUGGAGCAGGGAGAAGACUUUGCCCUGGAAUCGGAUUUUCUUUGGUUUUGUCCAAAUUGGCACUAGCCAACCUUGUGAAACGAUUCAACUGGAGACUCAAGGUCGGACCAGUAGGAGAUGAUAAGCCUGAUCUAGCUGAAGCAUCUGGUAUUGAUGUUUGUCGUAAGUUUCCUCUCAUUGUCUUUCCAUCAAUUGCGCACACACAUUGAUGAGAAAACAGAGAGCGUGUCCAAUUCAUCUGUUGAAGAAUGAUCAUUGAGUGUGGCCUUUGUUUUAGUGUUCCUCUAUAACAAAAUUUGAUAUUGGUGGUCUACAUAGAUCCGGUGUCUUCUUAAGUAAAAGUAAACCUAUGUGUGCUUGUUAGUUGUUACAUGAUGUAAUUGGGUGUGUUUGCAUAUGUAGACUAAUGUCGCUAUUUAUCUUUAUUUUAUGAAUAAAGCUAUAAAUUUAUUAUAU